AUGGAAACUAUAAAAGAUUUGUCUUCAUUUUCGGAAAAUAAUUUCAUUCAAUUACUACAACAAAUUCUUGAUGAAUAUUUUCAUCGCCUUCCAUCAACAAAACAAACAAUCAAUGUUGAUUCACAAAUUCGUACACAACUUGAACAACUUCUCCGAAGUACAAAUCCAUCAUCAAACAAAAUCAUAACAAAUGAUUUACCUGAACAUUUACAAAAACUUUAUAUAAAUUUUGUAAAUGAUUAUCGACAUGAUAUCGAACGAUAUCAUAUUUAUCAGGCUAGUCAAUAUAUGGAUGAAUAUCGUUUAAAAAAUUUUGAUUGGAAUAUUCGAAUUGCUCUUCAUGAUGAACAUUUAUUUAAAUGUCGUUUACCACUUGUUAAUCUUCAAUUAGAAUUAACAAAUGAAAAAAAUUCAAAAGAUAUUUUACUUGAACUUGAUGAACAAGAAUUAAAUAGAUUAAUCGAUGAAAUGAUGAAAAUCGAACAAGUAAUUUAA